AAAUAAAUAUUUAUGAUCAUUGCAAAAUGGCCAUUCCAGUAAAGGAUGUGACAUUGCCCAAAGAAAUUCCAGAAUUAUUGUUAGAAAAACAUGCCAGCUACCUUCUUUCCUAUGGAAUGAAUAAGGAAGAUUACAUCUAUUGUAUGACUGAGCAUCUCAGAGUUUCUGGAAUGUAUUGGGGAUUGACUGCACUAGAUCUAAUGGGCUACUUGGAAAAGACGAAUAAAGAGGAAGUCUUGGAGUUUAUUAAAAAAUGUCAACAUGACUGCGGUGGAAUAAGUGCAAGUAUCAGUCAUGAUCCACAUGUACUUCACACGCUUAGUGCUAUUCAGAUUUUGUGUAUCUAUGAUUCCCUUGAUGUUAUUGACAUUGAAAAAGUUGUAAAGUACAUUAAAGAAAGACAACAGCCUGACGGAAGCUUCACAGGCGACAUAUGGGGUGAAGUAGACACAAGAUUUUCAUUUUGCGCCGUUGCGUCUUUAGCUCUAUUGAGACGUCUUGACGCAAUAAACGUUGAUAAGACUGUUGAAUUCAUAGUAAGUUGCAUGAACUUUGAUGGUGGUUUUGGUUCUAAGCCUGGCUCUGAAAGCCAUGCAGGUUUAAUUUACUGUUGUCUUGGAACUUUGUCUAUAACUGGCCACUUACAUUUAAUAGAUCCAGUAAGAUUGAGCUGGUGGCUCUGUGAAAGACAAUUACCCUCAGGAGGUCUAAACGGAAGACCAGAGAAACUGCCAGACGUGUGUUAUUCGUGGUGGGUCCUUUCCUCAAUGUCAAUUUUAGGAUGUCUACAUUGGUUCAAUAAGCAAAAAUUGAUAGAAUUCAUUCUCUCUUGUCAAGACACAGAAACCGGUGGAUUUAGCGAUAGGCCAGGUGACAUGGUCGAUCCUUUCCACACAUUAUUCGGUUUGGCCGCGGUAUCCAUGCUAGGUGCUGACAAAACACUAAAAGAAAUCAAUCCUACGUUCUGCAUGCCAGAGUAUGUGAUACAACGAUUAGGCUUGAAGCCAGAGCGCCUAGCCGACCAGUAAAAUUGUAAUUUAUAAACUGAAAAGACAAUUUAUCCCAAUUGUAAGAU